CUACAUCUUCUGACCUAUGGACACAGAAGGCAUUGGAGGCUCUGGACUUCUGGGGACUGGCCGGCCUCUCCUGGGCACAUGGAAGCCAAGGAUCAGCUGAGCCCUGGGGCUGAUACUUGCCCACAUUGCUGAUCCCUGGUGUGGCACCAAGACAAAGGUUAAGCCAGAGCUCGCCUACACAGUGAUCCUGAUGUCAGUUCUGAACCACUCACUCAAGGCUGAGAUAACAACAGGCCUCACUUGGCGCCAUGGCUUCUGCAGAGCCCCUGACCGCGCUGUCCCGCUGGUACCUGUACGCCAUCCACGGCUACUUCUGCGAGGUGAUGUUUACCGCGGCCUGGGAGUUCGUGGUGAAUUUUAACUGGAAGUUUCCGGGCGUCACGAGCGUCUGGGCCCUGUUCAUCUACGGCACCUCCAUCCUCAUCGUGGAGCGCAUGUACCUGCGCCUGCGCGCGCGCUGCCCGCUGCUGGUGCGCUGCCUCAUCUACACGCUCUGGACCUACCUGUGGGAGUUCACCACGGGCCUCCUCCUGCGCCAGUUCAACGCCUGCCCUUGGGACUACUCCCAGUUCGACUUUGACUUCAUGGGCCUCAUCACCCUGGAAUACGCGGUGCCCUGGUUCUGUGGGGCCCUCAUCAUGGAGCAGUUCAUCAUUCGCAACACCCUCCGCCUGCGCUUUGACAAGGACGCGGAGCCUGGGGAGCCCAGUGGCCCUCCAGCCCUGGCCAAUGGCCACAUCAAGACUGACUGACGGGGGCAGGGCCUGGAGAGGGGUGGGGGUGGGCUCCCUCAUGGAACUCGUGGACAGAGAGGCCAAGCUGUUCAGCACAAGCCCUGGGCCUCCCCCUGGUAGAGCAAACGGCCCCCGUAUUCUCUAUGGAAGGAUGAUCUUGGGGCCACAGAGGGACUUUGGAGAAGGGCCACGAAUCUCAGCCCAGCUCAGCCCACCAUAGGGCUGCCAGCCAGAGGUUUGUGGCUGAGCAACGGUGGAACUACAAGGAUGGACUUGGGAAGCAGCGGGCCUGUUACUGGCUAAGAAACAUUGAGACUGGGGUUGCAGGUGGGAGGCAAGCCCAAGGAAGCAAUGGCUACCUCUGUAGCCACCUGCCCACCUCCCCUAUGGAUUUCGCUGGGCUUUGGCUGGUUCCAUUAGGCAAUAUUCAGGUGCUUGCUUGCAACCAAUACCUCCCUGGGGGCCUCUACGCUGCAGCCUCAGACUGACUGGGCGGCCAGGAGGCUGCUUGGUGGUUGAGAUGGUGUGCAAAGGCUGGGGAACCAUCUUCUGCUCCUCUCUCCUCCCCCAGGGCCCCAUGCUGCUCCCUUGGCCCUUUGGGGCCCCCCUCCCCCUCCCCACACCCCCAUGGUGCUGGAUUCCCACCAACCUUGGGCUUUUGGAGGUUUUCAUCCCCGUGUGUUCGGUGGCGUUUCCCCUUCUCUCUUAUGUUCAAGGCCUUUGCCACUAGCUGCCCUUUUCUCCACGUCAGUCACUGUCCCAUCCCAUGUUCUCAACCCCCUUGCCAACACAGCAGCUGCCAUAGGUGAAGCCCUGAGACAGACCUCCACCUCUGCUUGCCUGUAGCCUUCCUCCCUCAUCCCCCCUCCCCACCUGCCAUUCUCUCACUGGCCUGAUGCCUAGGGGAGGUUCUAAGUUGUCUCCCAGCUCUGGUGGGGGGGGGGAGCUGGGGCAGUGCUUUCUCCCGGCUGGGGCCCUACUGAAAAUAGUAUUUAUUCCCCAGUGCACAGCUCAGCUGAGAGGGCCCCUGUGGAUCCCAAUGGGAGCCUAGAGACAAAUCAGUUCCAUGGGGGGAAAAAGCAAAGCUCCAGGUCAUAUUUGAGUUUGAAAAUGGAUUUUCAAGCCCGUCAGAUUCCUAGGGGCCCGGAGCUCUAUGGAAAUGAGGAACCGAAAGAGGACUCUUUGGAGCCUCCCUCUAACAACAAUGGAUGGGUUCUGAUUCUACCAUGGCCCAGCUCUGCAGCAAAAUCUCAGGGCUGCCCCUUUUCCAACCCUUCCAGCAAGGCUGACCCACUGAGUUUUGUCCCUCCAACAGUAUUAGCCAUGCCACAACUCAUGGGCAUCGUCAUCUCGGUUGGCUUCCCUUUCCAUGACAGGUCCAAUGCUGGCAGUGGACAGGUAAGAUCUUCAUUCCGGGCCCUCUUGGGCUCUGUCCCUCAUUCUUGAGGGAAGGGGUCUAUAAGCAAAUGUGCCAUCCUGUGAGACAUGCUCUGUUGGUCACCCUAGGAUUAGGAGGUGAAAGCUAACCUUUCCUUUCUUUUAGCAUUUAGAUAAUUAAAAAGAAUCUCCUCCUGCGUUGUUCUGUCUGGGUCAUACAGACCACACCAGCCAGGGCAGCUAGCUACCAUCUGAUGCCUGGGUCCAGAGAAAGGCUUGGAGACUUGGCCUUUGGUAGCACUUUUUUUCCCCUGCAGUUCUGUCUGGGGACAGGUCUCCAGGUGGUUCCCAGUCUGGUUCUCAAAUCUCAAAAUGCACACAAUGGGUGGCUAGCCCUGCAUUUGAUCUUGUGACCCCAGUUUCUGGGCAUCUAGGGCUCCUAGUGUUCAGAUUUUCUUGAGGGAGGGGGUAUUUGCUUUCCAUCUGUAGGUGGGGAGGAUCCCUAGUUUCCACUGGACAGUGGUUUCCCCCAGCUCUGUGCUAUCAAUCUCUUGCAAUCUCCUGUGUGAACAACCUCCUUCUGAAUGAAUCUGGUGAUCAAUUUGCUGAGCUCUUGCCAGCCGAAGAGUUCCCUAAUGCCAGCCCAAAAGCCCUUGGAGAGCCCCCCCCCAGGUCUUACCACUCAAGAUGUUGCCUUGUAGGCAUUCCCUGGCACCAAGUUCUUUCCAGGUCCUCGAAAUCCUAAGCCCUGGAGUUCCUGGAGUGGGCUUGUGUGCCUGGCAACAUUCAGCAUUACAAAUCUGCUUCCUUUAGGUGCCCUCCCCUCAGUUGCUCCUAUGACUCCUUAUGGAACACAGAGCAACCCCCUCCGUAUGGCCCCUUCCCCCCUGAGCUAGGGGAAGUUACAAUACAUGGCCUGACCACAGGAGCUGCAGGCUUGGAUCCCUCUACAGGCAGCCCAUACUUCAACUCUACUGUGUAUCUUCUGGACUCCAUUUCCUUAGUGCCCAGGGCUUAGAAGUUCAGUGUGAUGCUAGUCCCGCUGUUGAUAGCAUUUUGGGAGUGCUGGUGCAGGGUCUGCUGGCCUUUUAUGAGUCUCUGGAAUCCUGAGCCACUCCACUGGCCAUGGCAGAAUCUCCGAGUUACAUAUCACAAACAUGCAUGGUUGAGCUGCUUUGGAUGUCUGCUAGGCCUCCUGCCCUGUCCCUUCCUCAAUGCCAGCCAGCCACAAUGGCCUAUGCUUAUUCUCAGCAAUAAUAUGUAGGGAGGGCCCUUUGUGCUGGCCACUAGCUUGUUCUGUAUGGGGUCUCCCAGGAAGGCACUUGCUGGGUGGGUCAGUGAGAAUGUGUUUAUGAAGCUCUGGGCUAUCCAGAAGCUGGGAGCAGAGGCCAGAGCUCCAGGCCUGGCAGAGCUCCAGGCCUCAGCUUUGGGAGGGAGCCUCUGAGGUGAGUGGGGCUGUGGUCCCCACCUAGUCAGCUCUUGAGAAAGGCAUCUGACUGGUUUGUGAAUCCAUUGCCUGCUGUGUCUCUGUUGGUCUCUGUCUCUUCUGUUUCAUAUCUGUGCACAUAAAUAUA